AUGGAUCACUCGAUGCUGGAUCUGAACGAUCCUCAUCGCAGACGCCAGCCACUGACUGAUGCAUCGGGUCGAAUCAACAAUGCGCGAUCCCCCAAGGUCGAAACGCCUCGAGUCCACGUCGAGGACUUGAAUCAGCUCAAGACUCCGGACCGAAUGUCGGUCAUGAUGACUCCCACCCCGCGUGACAAGGAAAACCAACGAUUGUCCGUUGUCACCGAUUUCCAAUCCGACUCGGCUCGCAACUCUGUGGUCUCCGCAGCAUCCAUCCUCUCGAACAAGGGCAAGCGUAAGACCCAUGUUGGUCCCUGGCAACUUGGUAGAACUUUGGGCAAGGGCGCUACUGGUCGUGUUAGACUAGCCAAGCAUGCCGUGACGGGCCAGACCGCUGCCAUCAAGAUUGUCUCGAAGAAGUCAGCUGCCAUGGUCCAAAGCGAGAGCAUUGCAGCCAUGGAUCGGAACGUUAUCAACUUCAAUGGCUUUACUACUAAUGCUCGUCACAUGCCAUGUGGAAUUGAACGGGAGGUUGUCAUCAUGAAGUUGAUUGAACAUCCCAAUGUUAUCAGCCUCUACGAUGUGUGGGAAAAUCGCGGCGAACUGUAUCUGGUCCUCGAAUACGUCGAAGGUGGUGAAUUGUUCGAUUACGUCUCCAACAACGGUCCCCUACCCGAGGAAGAAGCCGUUCGUCUGUUCCGCCAGAUCAUCGCUGGAUUGGGUUACUGCCAUCGUUUCAACAUCUGCCACCGUGAUUUGAAGCCGGAGAACAUCCUUCUUGACUCACACCAUAACGUUAAGCUCGCUGAUUUUGGAAUGGCUGCUCUCCAGCCCGCCGGUCACUGGCUCAACACAUCCUGCGGUAGUCCUCACUAUGCAGCACCCGAGAUCAUAUAUGGGCGCAAAUACCGUGGAGACCGAGCCGACAUGUGGAGCUGUGGAAUCAUCUUGUAUGCUUUGCUGACCGGAUACCUCCCAUUCGACGGCGGCGAUCUACCCAAUACCCUGCGUCUGGUGAAGAAGGGAGACUAUAUGAUUCCGCCUGAGUUGAGUGAGGAAUCGGCAGAUCUCAUUCAGCGCAUCCUCCAAAAGCGACCCGAGGACCGCAUUUCAAUGUCGAACAUCUGGCGACACCCUCUGCUGACGAAAUAUGAGAAACUGCACAAUGCCAUGGCCGAUUACUAUAUCGGACCGCCUCCGCAGUUGUCUGUCAAGGAUUGUGGAGAGCCAAUUGCAAGCCGCCAGGACGUGGACAUGGACCUCCUCCGGAACCUCCAGACCUUGUGGCAUGACGUGAAGCCUGAUACUUUGAUUGACAGGAUACUUUGCAUUGAACCUACACACGAGCGGAUGUUUUACAAUGCCCUCGCCAAGUUCCGAGACGAGCAGCUGGAAAACUAUCAGGGUCAACCCCUGGAAUACUCGGCGAGCGACUACCACCAUAUCUCCCGCCCCGGUGGUAAAGUUCGCCGGGGACGUAGCCAGAAUGGGCGAAACAAUCCGAAGAGGCGCUCAUAUCUUCAAUCCGUCAAGGACAUCCACCCCAAGAUCAGCUCCAUCCAAGAGCCCAAUUCCUGUGCAAGUAUCGAGAGCUAUGAUCCUUAUCGUUCGCCGAAGAACCGUGGCGCCGUGGCCGAGCCCCAAUAUGCUCAAAUAACCGUCCACCGCACACCACCCGAUGUCCCUGAAGAGGAUGAGUCUUCGCCAGUUGUCAAACCGCCUCCAUCCAUUGCGGAGGUGGACGAACCGGAAGACAAUGACAGUGUGGAUAUGGACAACUCGGAAUUCACCGUGUUGCAGAAGCGAAAGCACAAGCCCAAUUCCAUGAAGUCGUUCCAGUCCACUAAAGUGCCCCAUUCCAGCUCUCGCUGCCCGGGCCUUUCCACUCACUCGACCAGCUAUCGUCGCAAUGUUUCCUUCCGCCACGCUCGUAACAAAUCUCAGGGCUCCACUAAGCCUAAGAGAAGAAAGACAGCACAGAACCAGAACCCACAAGGUGAUCUCAAGAGAUCCCCCAGUGCUGCUAGUCUGCAGAUGAUCGCCGACGGUGUUGAUGUUCCUCAGAUGCCGAGUAGUCCACCUCUUCCAGCACAACCAACCGUCGUUAGACCCAGUGGGGUUAGGGUCCGCAGCUUGGGUCAAGCCCGGCGGGUUCGUGAAUCGGAUAUUAUCUGGAGGGAGGACACUCGCAAGGUGUCACAUGAGCUUAGCCAGAUCUGCGAGGAGGCUUUCAAUGGUAGUUCUGUGACCACAAUCCGCACCGCUAGUACCGGCACGGGUUAUGAAACACCUGCUACUCCUGUUUCCAUUGCCAGCCCGGAUCGAACAACUCACGCCAGCGCGAAGGUCGUUGUGGACACGCCUCAAAGUGCGACAAGGGAGCCUGGUCGCUCUUACAGCAUCCAGGAGCUGACGGAGACCCGUCGCAAACUUGUCGAGCAUAGUAAGGGUCGCAGCGACAAUGUCCCAACCUACUUGUCUGGUGUUAUCGGCCACCUCGACCGGUUGAUCGAGGAAGAUCAGCGAAGCCAUGGUCGGUACGACGAAGCAAGCUCACCUGUCCAAGGGCACCUGACCGCCGAAGAGCAAGCUCUUCCUGCUAUCACGGAAGAGUUCGCCAGCCCUGUGCGUGGCCCGAGUGAAAACAUUCCCAAGUUGCGACACAAGCCACGUCUCCCACCACCAGGCCAGCGAGGUGACCCUCGCGCUACCAUCCGAAUGGUUCCCCACAGCUCCCUUCGAUCCAUGGAAGAAGUCAAGCCGUUGAUGAUCCGUAAGAAGGUUGGAGGUAUUGAGGAGGUGACAUUGGAUCAAGGCACCCAGCAAAAUGCGCGUAACUUUUCGGCAAGCUCUCGGCAGAGCCGCAAUGCUUGCGGCUUGGAUCCGAUUGAUGAGACCCCUGCUUCACCGGAGCGCCCGACGGGAUCCUACAGCAAGAAAUGGUCGUGGUUCAAGCAUCGCUCGCAAGCUCCCGAAGUCGCACUAUCUCUUUCCCCCAAGGACCGGCAACGUCAAAUCAUCCCCAGUAAUGGGACUGUUGUUCACACUCCCGUUGACGGUCCUGGCUCGCCGACGAGACAAGAGGCGCCCCCAGCCCCGACCCGAAAGACGUCCAUGGAACGUUUUGGUGGGGCUCUGUUGAAGAAGCUGAUGCCAAAGAAGUCUAGCAAGAAUCUCGCUCAGUCGGAGACUGAAAAAGAGCGACCCAGCUCUAAUGAUCAACCACAAAACCCCCACGCCUCGCUCAUGUGUAAGGGGUUCCCGGAUCCUGAAAGCUCUUUCGAGGCAGAUGAUCUCCACAACCCUGCUCCGAGCAAGCGCCGUUCGCUCGCCAACCACAACUGGUUCGCCCGGGUGUUCCAGAUCAAGCCAGCUUCUCGGGUUAUUGCCCUGAACACUUCGAAGGUCAAGGGUCGCAAGGAGGUGUACCGCAUGCUGCGUGAAUGGCGCGACUACGGCAUGGAAGAUGUGCGCAUGGACAAGAGCAACAGUACGGUUCAUGGCCGAGUCGGUGAAGUCAACUUCCUUCGUCUGCGCGAGGUCGCUUUUACUGCCGAGUUCUUCACUGUGCUGGAGCACGGACAGCAAGCCAACCUCAGUCUUGUCCGGUUCAAGCAAGAGCGCGGAGCCGCAUCUUCUUUCAAUAAGGUUGUCGAGACGGUUCAAUCGAUGCUCAAAUCUCGCGAUAUGGUCGUUGAAGAUCCCGCACGGGCGAAGAAGAUGGCUCGGGUUCUCGACACCAUUCCGAAUGCCUAA